AUGUGUGGUAUAUUCGGAUACGUUAACUUCUUAGUCGACAAGAACAGAGGUGAAAUUGUUGAUACUCUUAUCGAAGGAUUGCAAAGAUUGGAAUAUAGAGGUUAUGAUUCUGCUGGAUUUGCCGUUGAUGGGAAAUUGUUCAAUGACGGUGACAAUGGCGAAAUUAUGAGCAACAUUAUUGUCAAAUGUCCCGGAAAAGUUAAGGUCUUGAGACAAAAAGUUGCUGAUGACAAGAUUGAUAGAAGCGAUGUUUUUGAUAAUCAUGCUGGAAUUGCUCAUACUCGAUGGGCAACACAUGGUCAACCAAAAGAGCAGAAUUGCCAUCCUCAUAGAUCAGAUGCAGCCAAAGGUGAGUUUAUCGUUGUUCAUAAUGGUAUCAUCACCAAUUUCGCCGCAUUGAGAGAGUACUUGUUAUCAAAGGGACAUCAAUUCGAAAGUGAAACUGAUACUGAAUGUAUUGCCAAAUUAUUUAAACAUUUCUAUGAUUUAAACUUGAAAGCAGGUGUUUCCCCUGAUUUCAAUGAAUUGACCAAACAAGUAUUGCAUGAAUUGGAAGGUUCAUAUGGUUUAUUAGUCAAAUCAUUCCAUUACCCAGGAGAAGUUUGUGGUACGAGAAAAGGUUCGCCUUUGUUGGUUGGUGUCAAAACUGAUAGGAAAUUGAAAGUUGAUUUUGUUGAUGUUGAAUUUGAAAACAAUGCAUCGGCUGCAGUGGCUCAACAACAAAUUGGUCAAACUUUGUCAUCGUUGAAUGGACCUAAUGGUGCUACUGCCCAAGAUUUGGGUUUUAUACCUGUUGCUCCUGGUGAACAAAAUUUGAGAACUUCACAAUCUAGAGCUUUUCUUUCUGAAGAUGAUUUGCCAACACCAGUUGAAUUCUUUUUGAGUUCAGAUCCAGCUUCAGUUGUGCAACACACCAAAAAAGUGUUGUUUUUAGAAGAUGAUGAUAUUGCUCAUAUUUAUGAUGGUGAGUUGCAUAUUCAUAGAGCUUCAACAAAGAGUGCUGGUGAAUCAACCGUUAGACCAAUACAAACUUUAGAAAUGGAGUUGAAUGAAAUUAUGAAGGGCCCCUUUAAACAUUUUAUGCAAAAGGAAAUCUUUGAACAACCCGACUCAACUUUCAACACCAUGAGAGGCAGAAUUGAUUUUGAAAACAAUACAGUGACCUUGGGUGGAUUAAAGGCAUGGUUACCGACAAUCAGAAGAUGUAGAAGAAUUAUCAUGAUUGCUUGUGGUACUUCAUAUCAUUCAUGUUUAGCUACAAGAUCGAUUUUUGAAGAAUUGACGGAAAUCCCCGUUAGUGUUGAAUUAGCCAGUGAUUUCCUUGAUAGAAGAUCCCCAGUUUUCCGUGACGAUACCUGUGUUUUUGUUUCGCAAUCGGGUGAAACUGCUGAUUCUAUAUUGGCAUUGCAAUAUUGUUUAGAAAGAGGAGCAUUGACCGUUGGUAUUGUCAAUUCGGUAGGUUCAUCAAUGUCAAGACAAACUCAUUGUGGUGUCCAUAUUAAUGCUGGACCUGAAAUUGGUGUUGCUUCUACCAAAGCUUACACUUCACAAUAUAUUGCCCUUGUCAUGUUUGCCCUUUCAUUAUCAAACGAUUCAAUUUCAAGAGCAGGUAGACAUGAAGAAAUUAUACAAGGAUUGCAAAAAAUCCCGGAUCAAAUUAAGCAAGUUUUGAAAUUGGAAGACAAGAUUAAAAAAUUGUGCAAUGAUGAUUUAAAUGAUCAAAAAUCGUUGUUGUUAUUAGGUAGAGGAUAUCAAUUUGCUACUGCUUUGGAAGGUGCAUUAAAAAUUAAAGAAAUUUCAUACAUGCAUUCGGAGGGUGUAUUGGCUGGAGAAUUGAAACAUGGGGUCUUGGCCUUGGUUGAUGAUAAAUUACCCAUAAUCGCAUUUGCAACGCGUGAUUCCCUUUUCCCUAAAACCAUGUCGGCAAUUGAACAAGUUACUGCUCGUGAUGGUAGACCAAUUGUUGUCUGUAAUGAGGGUGAUGCUAUUAUUUCCAAUGAUAAAGUUCAUACUACUUUGGAAGUGCCACAAACAGUUGACUGUUUACAAGGGUUGUUGAAUGUGAUCCCUGUGCAAUUGAUCAGUUAUUGGUUGGCUGUGAAUAGGGGCAUUGAUGUUGAUUUCCCUCGUAAUUUGGCCAAAUCGGUGACUGUUGAGUAG